UUUGAGUCGUAGAGCAACAGUACAGUAGUUCUAAGUCAUCCACAUUUCGAAACGUCAGAAUUGUUGUCAGAUAGUUCGAAGAUGUUUUGGUGUUGUUGAUUUUGAGACGAUCAAAUUUGUUGACGAAAUAUUUUUUUCUCUGGGUAUGGUGAAGGUGAUUUUGAAAAUGUAAAAUGUGCUGCCCAAAUUGUUUAUUGCAAUGGAGACACUGGAUCAGACCUGUAUUCAUCCUCAUAUACGCUCUAGCAGCUUUUAUUAUCGUGCCGAUAUGUUUGAUGCGAUCUAUCGAAGAAGGAUUUCAGGAAAGAAAUAGGGAAGUACUAAUUGGAGGAAUUUUUGCUUGGGUGGCAAUUCCAAUAUCCUUGUGGGAGAUCAUUCUACAUGUUAUUCAUUAUACAACCCCAAAGUUGCAGAAACAUAUUAUAAGGAUACUUUGGAUGGUACCAAUUUAUGCAGUUAAUGCCUGGCUAGGAUUAGUAAACCCAGAAAAUUCUAUUUAUGUAGAUAGUUUUCGGGAGUGUUAUGAGGCCUUUGUUAUAUACAAUUUCAUGAGAUAUCUUUUGAAUUAUUUGAACAUGGAAAUGGAUCUAGAGGCUAGUUUAGAAGUCAAACCUCAAGUUAAACACAUUUUUCCGUUUUGCUGUUUGCCAGACUGGGAAAUGGGAAGAGAAUUUGUUCAUAUUUGCAAACAUGGAAUUCUACAGUAUACAGUUGUACGACCUGCCACCAGUAUCAUUGCUGUGAUUUGUCACUUGUCAGGAGUUUAUGGAGGGGGUGAAUUCAAAGCCGAUGUAGCUUACCCGUACAUAUUGACUGUCAACAAUAUAUCCCAAUUUGUUGCUAUGUAUUGUUUGGUGAUGUUUUACAAAGCCAAUAUUCAUGAAUUGCGACCCAUGAGGCCUUUUCCUAAAUUCUUGUGCAUCAAAGCAGUGGUGUUCCUCACGUUUUUCCAAGGUGUGGUGAUAGAUUUCUUGGUCUAUCAGAGGAUAAUCAGAACCAAUUCUGACACCCAUGAGGCAGAACACAGUUUAUCGACAAGAUUACAGGAUUUUUUGUUAUGCAUCGAAAUGUGUAUGGCUGCCAUCGCCCAUCAUUAUGCUUUCUCUUAUGAGCCUUACGUUGUACCUGGAAGUAAACAGUCCUGCUGUCAAGCCUUUUUGGCCAUGUGGGAUGUUUCAGACGUACAGAGUGAUAUUCAAGAGCAUUUGGGAAUAGUUGGGAGCUCUAUAAGCCGCAGGAUACGAGGUAGAAAUAUGUAUACUGUUCCAAGAGGAAGUGAUUUAGAAUCUCCAAAUUUGAUGUGUACAAGUGCUCCUGGCGGUUUGUACCAGAGUGAAUGCGACGGUUUUGUUAUUAACUAUGCCACUUCAGCACCUGAGCAAAAACCUCAAUAGUGAUACAUUAACAAUUGAAAUGUUUACAUUGAUAUGUAUUUAUUUGAAAAAACACACGAUGUUUAUGGUUCCUGCGAUCGUAGGUUUAGUGUUGUAUUGAUAAUUUUCGUCUUUUAUAUAUUUUUAAGAUUUUCUUAUGCUUAUCUCUAGUCAAAUUAUCUUAAGAGAAUAUAUGCUUUGAAUAAAUCUGUUUUUAAAGAAUUACAUCGUUGGAAUAGAUUAUUUUCUAGAAUUUUGGUGCUGCCAGUGAUAUAAGUUUCGAUUUUCAACCGCGGGAAAAUUUUCGUAAUUCGUGGUAGAUCUGUCUACAUUAGCCUCUGUUCUUUCUGAUUCUCAAACAUUCCUAAAUCUGGAGAUAUCGUCAAUAUUUGGUAUUGAAAAAUGAAGCUUAAUCAAAAAUUAGGUCUCGAUCUUGAAAUUUACUCCUACUCUUGUCUUAAUUCGAUUAAAAUUCAGGAUGAUCUCAUUCAUGUUAUAUUUAUUAUGAUUAAUAAAAGGAGCCAUAGACAUCUUGUGUGAAAAUUUUCAAAAAAGUUCUUCGAAUUACCGUUGAAAUAACUCAGAUAUUCACAUAUCCGAGUAGGUAUUUCAAAAUGUUUGUUUUGAAUUUUUUGACCGCGCCAUCAUCCAGAUCGAAGCCGUUUUAUGGAUGCCUAUCUGUAUAAUAAUGAGAUAUCGAAUAUGAAUGUUAUUUGUGAUGUUUGAAAGGGUGAAGAAGAAGGUGGGGUUUGACUAGGAAAAACUUUUUUUCACACUUUGAUCAAUCGAAUCUAUCAUAUUGAACGUUUGGUUGAGACUACUCUGAACUGUGAUUCAAUACCAAUCAUAAUUUGAAAAUGAAAAUUUAUUUAUGUGUAAUGUUAAUGAUAGAUCUAUUUUUUUGGAAUCAUGAUAAAUGUAAUUCCGCCUUGUAUUUUUUCUGGUUGGAUGUAUAAAAUUUGAUGUACUCAUAUUCAGUAUGGGAAAUACAUGAUAAAACAUAAAA